GGGGAGGACCGACAAUGGGCCUCCCUUUCAUUCUCCUCGUCCGGCCCAGCCUUUGUUUUCCCGUCCGCGUGCUUUCUCCCCGUAUGUGCCUUUGGCUGCGUUGUUUGUGGACCUACAAAGCUACGACUCAUCAGAACAAUGAGACAAGGGACACCCGAAUUACGCGAGGGUUGGCGAUCCGCUCAGGAACGGCAGCGGACGCGACUGAUCGUUUGGGCGAGUUGUUUGUCUCCCUGCCCACGCUGCAUUCCGUCCCACUGGCUCUCCCCAUAUAAAACCUGGGGGCACCGUAUGGCGUCCAUAGCAACUCGCCUCAGCCUCUGAACGUUCUGAACGCUCGCGUCUCUGUACCCCGCACUCGCUGUUGCGCACCCUCGACCUCCCCGCCGUUCGUUAUCCUCCGCCAGACCACCAGACACCAUGCGCUGCGCUCUCGCCCUCACCACCCUCCUCAGUGCCCUCGCCACUGUCCAGGCGUCCUACCUUCUCCGCCGCCAGUUCCCCAGCUGCGCAGAGUCCUGCCUGGCAGACGCGAACUUCGACGGCUGCAACUCGUCCGACGACACCUGCCUCUGUAAAUCCUCCGCCUUCGUGAACAGCGUCACGUCCUGCAUCCAAAGCUCUUGCACCGGCAACGACCUGACCACCGCGGAGUCUGACGCCCAGCAGCUCUGUCUCGCCGUCGGCGUUACUCUGGCCUCGAGCGGCGCCUCUGCGACCUCCACCUCACCCAGCAGCAGCACGAGCUCUGCCGCCAGCUCAGCCUCUGCAACCUCCGCCAGCAGCGGCGCCCGCACCCACGGCGUGAAUGCCCUCGCAGGGCUUGCCGCCGUCGGCGCCGUCGCUUUCGCAUUCUAAGUGCACCUCACCGCGCGCGAUACGGCGUUAUCGUCCGCAGGGACCCUAGAUAUCCUUCGCAUUCAUACCUCCAUCGAGGCCGGGCACCCCACAUUCGAGACGCGCACGACGCAGGUCGUGUCGCGCCGCGGCGAGUGUCGGCGUCGACCUUUGCAUACUUGCUGUGCACCAGUAUCUUAUUCCUCAUUUGCUAUUCGCAUGUAUAUCGUUCGAGGGUUUGGAACACAUCUGUGUAUUGUUGGUUCGCUGUCUGGGUGAAAUUCGGGGUACUGACGCUGAGCUGGUAAUGCAAACGCGUUUGC